GAAGAAAUGGCGCAGCAUCAUAGGGGAAAGAGGGGUUCAGCUGCUCCUGCUACUGGCUUAAAAGCUGGCAUUGUCCUGUCUUUCCCCUCUCUUUGCCUCGAUAUCUGUCUUAUCUCCAAUUGCCUAUAUUUUAUUCCUCUCAGAUACAUACACAUUCUUCUCUUGCCCCAACUCUUCCUUGAAAAUCUUCACAAUGGACUCCUACGGCCAGAACAACUUCGGUGGUAACGGUGGUGGUAACGACUUUGGCGGCAACAACUCUGGAUUCGGGGGUAACGACUCUGGAUUCGGGGGUAACAACUCUGGAUACGGAGGUAACAACUCCGGCUUUGGAGGCAACGACUCCAACUACGGCGGUAACAACAACUCCGGCUUCGGUGGUAACAACGACUCCAGCUACGGGGGCAACAAUGACUCCGGCUAUGGGGGCAACAACGACUCCUACGGCGGCGGUAACAACAACUCUGGAUUCGGUGGCAACGACUCUGGAUACGGUGGUAACAACAACAACUCCGGGUUCGGAGGAAACAACGAUUCCUACGGCGGAAACAACGACUCUAGCUACGGCAACAACAACAACAACAGCUUUGGCGGCUCCAAUGACUCUUACGGCUCGGGCAACCAGGGCGGAAACUCUUCUAGUGGCCUCGGUGGCUUGGUGAGCAAGGCCGAAGGCUUCCUGAGCGGCAACAGCAGCGGAAACAACUCCAACUCCAACAACAACCAGGGUGGUAACUCUGGAAGCAACUUCGUGGACUCCAUGGUUGACCAGAAGGUCGACCAGUACAUUCCUUCCGGCAUGGACAGCGCUGUCAACCAGGGCAUUAACAACGAGGUUGACCGGUACCUGUAGAGGAAUACUUUAUGUGAAUGGGUUACGGCUGUUUUGAGUAGCAUGUGUGAUUGUGAAUAAUACCGAAUCUCAUAAUUCAUUAUUACUGUGUUGGAUUUGUAAAUGUCGACGCGGUUUCUCGAGCUUCGAGUCUAGAUUGACUGCAGCCAACCAUUCCACCUUAUCAUAUUAAAAAGC